AUGCACCUACUCCGGGUCAUUAUCCAUUUCUACUUUCUGAUGACGACGGAUUCCUUCAGUGCCCAUCCCAAUCCCAAGCGUAAUGAGAUCAGCUGGGAUGAAGCCAACAAGGAUCUUAGUCUGGAUACCACAACUUCAAUAAUGGGAUUUAACAGCAAUGAUUCCUUUGCUGAGGUAAGGACUUUCGAGAGAAGCAGGGACGCGAAAUCCCAUCAGCUGGCUAGGUUCAACGAAAUGGGUGAAAUUGGCCAGAUGCGUGUCUACAACGUGGGAGUGCUGAUGGCUUCUCAUUUGGAUUCACCCUUCGACCUAGAGCGUUGUGGACCAGCCGUGGACUUGGCAUUGGACCAGAUUAACAAGGUUUUCCUUCGGCCUCACAAUAUAACGCUGCUGAAGAAGAAGGCAAGCUACCCAUCCUGCUCUGGAGCCAGGGCUCCCGGACUGGCGGCAGACAUGCACUUCCAGGACGACGUAAUCGCCUUCAUCGGACCCGCUUGCGCUUUUGCCCUUGAGCCGGUGGCACGUUUGGCCGCUUACUGGAACACGCCUAUUAUUACCGGCAUGGGAGAUCAGUUCCCCUACUGCUACUGCUGCUGCUGCCAGCCGCCUUCCUCGGAGAGUGAGCUAACGGUGACUUCUGGAAUCCUGGGACGGAUACACAAGUGGAAGAAUGAAAAUACGCCCUCUCGUUACUCUUACUCCUUGCAGGGGAUGUUCAAGGACAAGUCCAAGUACCCCACCCUCACCCGGAUGUCCUAUUGCCAGUGCCGUCUCAUCCUCGUCUUUGCCAGUGUCUUCCGGCAGUUCAACUGGCGGCAUGUGGCGCUUCUGGUGGACAGGUCGGAGCUAUUCUCGUGGACGGUGGGCAAGAACCUAGAGUAUGGACUGCGCCAGGAGGGGCUGCUGAGCUUUGUGCGCGAACUGAAUGGAAAUGAGGAGGAGAUCUAUGAGAACUAUCUUAAGGAUGCGAGCAUGUAUGCUAGAGUUGUUAUCCUGUCAGUCCGCGGUGUUCUAGUGCGUAAAUUUAUGCUGGCAGCCCACAGCCUGGGCAUGACCAAUGGCGAGUGGGUCUUUCUGGACGUGGAGAUCUUCCAGAGCGACUACUGGGGCGACAAGGGCUGGGAAAUGAAGGACGAGCACGAUGCCAAGGCCCGCAAGGCGUACGAGGCUCUGCUGAGAGUGAGUCUCCUGCAGCCAACCAGUCCCAAGUUUCAGGACUUUGCGGACAACGUUCGCGAGAAUGCACUCUACGAUUACAACUACACCUUUGGCGAGGGCGAGGAGGUCAACUUCUUUAUUGGAGCCUUCUACGACGGUGUCUACCUGUUGGGUAUGGCCUUGAACGAAACCCUUACCGAGGACGGUGACAUUCGAGAUGGCGUUAAUAUUACUAGAAGAAUGUGGAAUCGCACCUUCGAGGGCAUCACCGGUCAUGUACGCAUCGAUGACAAUGGCGACCGUGAUGCGGAUUACUCCAUUCUGGAUCUAGAUCCAAUUAAUGGCAAAUUCUCUGUAGUAGCCCACUAUUCCGGAUUGCACAAAGAAUACGCUGCUGUCCAGGGCAAAAAGAUCCAUUGGCCAGGAGGACGUGAGGAGCCACCGCCGGAUGUGCCACCAUGCGGCUUUCUGGGCAACGCCCCGGAUUGUCAUGGGAAUGAAUCCACCAUUAUGUACUCCCUCUUUGGCCUGGCGCUGUUCUUGGGCCUUGUUUUUCUGGUUAUUUGUCUGCUCCAAAAACAAAUGAAGCUGAGCAAGGAACUAAACAACAUGUCCUGGCGGGUGCGACCCGACGAUGUUCUGAUCGAGAUGGGCGGCAUGUUCGGCUCGAAAGGCGGCCUGCAGCGCCUGGACGUGGAGAACAUCUCGCUGCAGCAGUUUGGCAUCCACUCGGGCCGCGCCUCAAUAGCCAGCUUCACCUCGCUGCCACCGCAGGUGUACACAACCAUCGGGCAGUUUAAGGGCGAGCGUGUGGCCAUCAAGAAGGUGAACGUUAAGAAGGUGGAGCUGACGCCGCAGCUGCUUUGGGAGAUCAAGCAGGCUCGGGAUGUGAGCCACGAAAACACGGUACGUUUUGUGGGAGCCUGCAUCGAUCUGCCCCGCCCCACGGUGCUCAUCCUCACCGAAUACUGCUCGAGGGGCAGCCUGAAGGAUGUGCUGGAGAAUGAGGCCAUCGAGCUGGACUGGAAUUUUCGCAUGUCCCUUAUCCACGACAUUGUCAAGGGCAUGAACUAUCUGCACAACAGCGAUGUGGCUGCUCACGGCAAGCUGCGAUCCUGCAACUGCCUCAUUGACGGGCGCUUCGUGCUCAAGAUCUCGGACUUUGGACUGAGCACGCUGACCACGCCUUCGGACUUUGUGCGGGAUCAGAACUACUACCUCAAGCUGCUGUGGAUUGCUCCAGAGCUGCUGCCGCUGACCUCUAUCCCUGGCUGCUGUCCAGCCACGCAGCGCGGCGAUGUCUACUCCUUUGGCAUAAUUCUGGAGGAGAUCGUCAACCGUGGUGGUCCGUACCAGGAGGCUCGUCAGCAGAUGGACGUGCACACGAUUCUCCACAAGGUGAGGCAGUGCAACGGCUUUAGGCCGCUUAUCCGAGAGCGUGAGUGUCCGCCUGAUCUGCUGGAAUUGAUGGAGAAGUGCUGGGCGGACAACCAGGAGGAGCGGCCCACCUUUUCAACUAUACGGAGCAACAUUCGCACAAUAAUGAAAGGCUUCUGUGAGAACCUAAUGGACGACUUACUGAACCGAAUGGAGCAGUAUGCCAACAAUCUGGAGAGUCUCGUUGAGGAGAAGACGCGGCAGUUGAGCCUGGAGAAGCAGCGCACCGAGGAGCUGCUCUACCAGAUCCUGCCGCGCCCUGUGGCCCAACAGCUGAUGGCCGGCGAUCUCGUCGAGCCAGAGGAGUUUAGUAGCGUGACCAUCUACUUCAGCGAUAUCGUUGGCUUCACGGAGCUCUGUGCUCGCAGCAGUCCCAUGGAUGUGGUGAACUUUCUCAACGAUCUGUACAGCACCUUCGACCGGAUCAUUGGGUUCUAUGAUGUGUACAAGGUGGAGACCAUUGGCGAUGCCUAUUUGGUUGUUUCCGGACUCCCAGAGCCCAAUGGGGAUAAGCACGCCCGCGAGAUUGCACUGAUGGCACUGGACAUCCUCCAAGCAGUCAGCUCCUUCAACCUGCGCCAUAAGCCGGAGUACAAAAUCCAGAUUCGGAUUGGUAUGCACUCGGGUUCCGUUUGCGCGGGAGUUGUGGGCAAGAAGAUGCCGCAUUACUGUCUCUUUGGGGACACGGUAAAUACGGCCUCGAGGAUGGAGAGUACUGGUCAACCAGGCAAGAUCCACGUUUCCUCUGCCACCAAGAUUAUCCUGGACAAGUUUGGCACAUUCCAAAUGGAGCAACGCGGCGACGUGGAGCUCAAGGGCAAGGGGACGGUCACCACGUACUGGCUGAACAGCUCCACCGAGGGUGAGGUCCGGCCGCCCACACCGCAGAUCCUUACCACCGACGAGGUGCCCUUCCCACUGUUGUUUGCCGGCAUGGGAAAGUAACGAAGCUAGACCGCAUUAAAGUCGAUCUCCUACCAAUCAGUAUUAUACAAAUUGUCUCAG